CAAGAAGACCCUCCUGUGGGUGUCAGUGGUGCACCAUCUGAAAAUAAUAUAAUGCAAUGGAAUGCAGUUAUAUUUGGGCCAGAAGGGACGCCUUUUGAAGAUGGUACUUUUAAACUAGUAAUAGAAUUUUCAGAAGAGUAUCCAAAUAAGCCUCCGACUGUUAGGUUUUUAUCAAAAAUGUUCCAUCCAAAUGUUUAUGCGGAUGGUAGCAUAUGUUUAGAUAUUCUUCAGAAUCGCUGGAGUCCAACGUAUGAUGUCUCAUCUAUUUUAACUUCAAUUCAGUCUCUGCUUGACGAACCUAAUCCAAACAGUCCAGCAAACAGUCAGGCGGCACAACUCUAUCAGGAGAACAAACGUGAAUAUGAGAAAAGAGUUUCAGCUAUUGUCGAGCAAAGUUGGAACGAUUCGUAAUGGCUGCUUUGUUACUCUCCAUCCUCAUAAUCAUUAUGUACAAUUUAAAUCUUAAUAGAAAGGCUACCAGAGAUUCCAAGUGCCACAGUUCUAAGAAUUUGCAUAAAAACUCGUUUGCAGAUAAAAUUAAGCCCUUCAAUCUAGGAAACUUAAAAGCUCGUAUAUCUUGAUUAACGUACUUUUUAUUGCAUGGUAUGAACUAAGUUAUUGCUACAUAAAUUUGUAAUAUAUCCUGUUUGUAUUUUUUUUUCCAAGUGUAUAAUGUUGGUGUGGAGUUUUCAUGACAGAAUAUACACAUUUUGUAAAUCUGUACUUUUUUCAAAUAUUGAAUGCCUUAUUUUUGAAUUCUUUAGAUUUUUAAAUUGGAGGAAAAAAGCACUUAAAGUUUUUAUAUAUAAAUAUUUCAUGUAAAACUGUUAAAUACAUAACCUUAGUGCAAGACA